AUGACGCAGAUUGCUUUCCCUGCCGACUUGCUUCGACAACUUCAGGAGAACGUGUCUUUUGAUCUUGGAGCCAUCGAAGAUAUCCGAGCAGCGAUGCAGGAAAUCAGCGAUCGACUUAACCAUCGUACAGGAAUCCUAGGCCAAGCUGUGCAAUCCUUGGACUCAGGUCACCGUCAGGUCUUUGAAGGGUGCGUUACUGUUGAAAAUCAGUUGGAAGAAUUCAAGCGGAUUUUGAGGGCCCAGCAGACCGUGAUUGAGGAGCAAGCCUCGACAUGGACCAGGGAGAUGGCUGCAAUGAGAGAUCGUUUGGAAGACAACCAGGCGGUAAUCAAUCAACAGCUUGUCGUGAUAGAUCAGGCGAAGCAGCGCGAAGCCCUGCUAUUGGCCAAGGUGGAAUCCAUGGCUGGACGUCUGAAUGAGAUGGAAACCAUGCUGUCCAGUAUGAGUGCGAGUGUGAACGAACACAAGGGCCGGCUAAGCAUUCAUGAAACUUACAUUUCAGCAGCUGUAAGUUCGCAGGCUACAGGGUCUCAAGAGGGCGAUGCUGGUGCUGCCGAGGGUGAUUUGGCAGUCCAAGUUCGCAUGUUGGCCGAGAGGGUGGAUCAAGAGCUGGCACAGAUUGCUCGUGGGGACGCUCACGAUGCAGAGGCUGGAUCUUUGAAGGACCUGAAUGCGGUUGUAGACCAGCUUGACGAACGGGUAACGGCACUGGAGACAAGCAUGGAAGAGUGGGAAAAUGCGGAUUGUGAGGAUGAUCAACGUCCUUGUGAGUCUGAAGCGCAUGUGGGCGGAAUGCCCCAGCGAUUUGACUUGACACCGAAUUUGCAGGACACUCCUACGUGGGGAAAUCAAGAGCCUGCAGAUGAACAGGAACCAGAUGCUACCGCUAUGUGGUGGCAGCAACCUUUCGAGUUUUCAUCAACAGAGCAUAGUGCGAAUGUAUCCAUUGGAAGGCCAACGCAGAAUGUCUGGGGAAUUAGUGAUCCUCCUGGUUUGCCAGCGUACCUCCGAGCUCCAAAUGUGGUCGCAGACAACGCUGCGGAUCCUGGGCAGGGGAAUGACUUCGUUGAGGUUCGAAGAUACUUGACUCAGCAGUACAAGCAGUGCAAUCGCAAGGUUUGCAGUGUGACGGUUCCCAUGUGUCCCGAAGCCUCAAGCAUUCUUGACAUUGAAGAAGUCAUGGCGCAUGUGGCAGAUGAUCUAGAGUGCUGUGAAGCAAGCUUGGUUGCUGUGGAGCCAGCAACAGACCAUGACGAAUCAAAAGAGAGCCAGUUUGAUGCGGUCAUGCAUGGGCUUUUGGUUUGUUUGGCCGAGGUGGAAUGUGUGGAACCACGUCACGAUCUUGGUUUGCUAACCGUCGAGGAGCGCGAAUACGGCCCUGAAGAGGCGAAGGAAGCAGAUUUCUUCCAGGCGGCGAAGUGUGAAGCAGCAUGCAACAAGGCUGUGGAGAGUUCAGCUAAGGAUGCUGAGGUCACCAAGUCCAGGGAUAAGAAUCUUGAGUGGCUUGAGGGAAAGACCUGCACCGUUUGUGGGAAAUCUUCCAAGGCAUGCUAUCUUGAGAAGCUGGAUAAGGUGACGCCAGAGCCAUGUGGAUAUCAGGUUCCUGGAUUUGAUGAAGAAGCAGAGAUGGUUGAGCAAGAGCGUCUAGCCCAGGAGCUCAAGAGCUUUAAGGCAAGCGCGGAACCAUGUGGAAACGAUGUUUUCUUCGGCCCACGUCGCGAGGAUUGGAUUGGAGCGGCACGUAAGGAGCUCGACAACAUGACGGUGCAUCAGAAGGUUUGGAUUGAGGUUCGAAAGGGCCAUAUCCAUGAGGAUUUGGGUCUAGACAGAAGCGUGAAGCUUCCUAAGGCCCUACCGAUGCAACUUGUCAACACCUUGAAGCCUUUGAAUGAAAGCUCUGGACCAAUCGACGAGCCGAAAGUGAGGAUCGUAGCAUGCGGAAAUUUCCAACAUGAUUCCCAGGACAAAGAGGACUUGAGCACGCAGAAUGUGGACAUGUCUGUCUUGAGGACCAUGGCUAAGGAAACUGCUCUAAGGCCAUCGUGGAUCAUGGGAGCAGGUGACAUCAGCGCAGCAUUUUUAAACACCUUCUUGGGUGGUAAAGACUUGGUCAUUCUUGAGCCGCCGGCAGUCCUUAAACGACUGGGUUUGAUUGCGGAAGAUGUUCAGUACGUCCCAAUCAGAGCAAUCUACGGGUUGCGACGGUCCCCUUUGGACUGGAGCCGGGAUCGAGACGGCAAGAUUUCCGGUAAGGUUUUGACCGAUGAUCAAGGAAGGCAGAUCCACUGCGUGCCUAUCGCGCACCAGGACGGUCUGUGGAAGCUGCUAUGUGGUGACACUCUAGUGGGAUUAGUAGCCAUGUAUGUAGAUGAUUGCUUGGUAACGGGCGAACGAUCUGCAGUGGAAGCGUUCUUGCAGUUUGUGAGCGCAGAGUGGCGAACGAAAAUCCAGGGUUUCAUCGCGAGACAAACGGACGUGCAAGUGAAAUGCAACGAUGAACAAGUGGCACAGAAGCAAGCGCUGAACUUCUUGGGAGUAGAAAUUUCCUUCGAGGGGGAUAAGAUCGUUAUCCAGCAGCGCCGCUGGAUUCUUCAAGAGCUGAAUCGCAGAGGCUGGGUUCAUAUGAAGGGUUCGCAGUCACUUCCUCAGCUGGAGAUGGCCGAGGAUGAAGCACUUGACGAGCAUCAUGCCAAGAAUCUGGCCAAUGCACGGUCAGAAAUUGGAGCUCUGAUGUGGAUUGGAAUUCGGAGUAGACCCGAUGUCCUUGCUGCUGUGUCAAUGGGAGCGAGUGUUAUGCAUCGCCGACCAGAGGCGAUCUGUAAGUUCUGUGUGGGUUUGUGGCGCUAUGUGCGAGGGACCCUUGAUGAGUGCUUGCAGUAUGGACCGGAUGGGAAUCCGGGUGAGAUGACUUUCAUUUCAGAUGCAUCGUUCGCCCCUGAGGGCUCUCGAAGCCGGACAGGUGGCGUGUUGUGUUAUGCAGGCAGUGUGAUACAUUGGUUCUCCUGUCGACAGACAGUCACUGCUUGGUCAGUUUGUGAAGCAGAAACGGAUGCACUGGCUGAGACCUUGUCCCAGGGGAUUCGUCUUACGUAUGUGCUGCAGGAUCUUCUUCAUAAGCCUGUGACGAGGUACAAGCUUUCGCAGGAGGUCUGUGACUUGCAGGCUCGGCUCCUCUACUCCCGGCUCUACCACGAACUCAAGGACGUGAUGAUUACAGUGAGUGGGCUGGACGAAGAUGCUGCGGAAAAUGCACAGCACGAAGGCCUCUGCGUCAGUGGGAUUAAGACCUAUGGUUUCAGCUAUUGGCCCUUGAUGUUUGAGGCUCACUGUGCCAGAGAUUACCGUUUUCAGGGUCAGGUUGACUUCGAAGCGGUGGAUGAGCAGCUCCGUGAUCUCGAGGACCAGGUUCGCCAGUUGGAGGAGGCUAUCACCCCAGAGCCAGAGGCACGGCCCGAGUCGACGUGUCGUCCUUCGGAGCUCAACGAGGCGCUGGUUCCGCAAAAUGUGCCGCAAAGCGAUGACCGAGAAAUGCUUCUUGGCCUGGGUGAGGAGUGCCUCGCCAGUCUCGCCGACCGAUUGGAGCCCCUCGAGAAGGCUUUCCGGCUUGUGGCGGAGUGUUUCGGCCAUCUCGGCCCAAAAGGCCUCAUGUCAUCUUUGGAGAAUGGGCACAGUGACGACGAGCUUGAGCAGCUGGUUGCCAAGGUGAGCAACUUGCAGCUGAAUCCCGCCCUGGAGGCUCGCGACUUGGAGGCGUUGGCAUCGAAAGUCUGCUGCCAAGAGGAGGCUGUUGCGCGACUCCGCGCCGACGUCGACGAGCUGCAGCUACUGAACCGAAAGGUGGCUUCCCCCAGCUCGAAGGUGUCUCCUCUGGCCAUGGCACGCGGGAGGCUUGACAUGCUCAGUGCUGAGAUGGACGAGUUGCAUUCCCGCAUGAGAGAUGGUGCAGGUGUGCCGGCGUCCAACGCCAAACUCCAGGAGUGGCAGAUCGCUCCAGGCGCAGGCGACGCAACCAACGGAUCCUACGAGACGCAGGCCAUGCCAGGCCCCAGAUCUGCAGGCCUAGCCCAGUCACCUUUGCGCACAGCCGUGGGCUGA